AUGAUUUCAUCGCUCAUGUUCAGGGCGUGUGCAGACCCCGCCGCCAGCAUUGUCAGCCUUGGGGAGGCGUUCAAAGCGCUGCGCCUCAAGGUGCCCGAGGGCGAGGCGCUCGACGUGGCGUCCGCCCGCGAGGUGCGCUCUGCGAUCGGCGGCGCCAACGGGACCGCCUACGUGUCCCCGUCACUGACGCAGCAGCCCGGCGGCGCGGCGGCCGGCGGGGCCGCGCCUGCCGGCGUCCGGGCCGCGGUCGCCAACGCGGCGUCGCUGCAGGCGGCCGCAAAUGCCAAAGCUGAUGUGGCGGGGGAUAUGCCGAAAGCGCUGCUGUCGCAGCCGGCGUGCCUGGGCGUCGCGCGGGUGACGAAAGUGACGUGCUACACCGACACCAGGACGCUCAACAUCGCAUCCUUCAGCUAUGUCAGCAGCGUCGGCGCAGACGGCCAGGCGUGCGCGGCGUGCCCCAGCUGCAGGAAGGAGGAGGUCGUGAUGGCAAUCGGCGAGUACAUCACGGUGAUGGCUGCCUACAACUCCCAGAACGGCAUAUUCGUCGUCGGCCUGCUGUUCAUCACGAACACGGGCCGCUACCUGACGUGCGGCGACCCCAACGCGCUGACCAGCGGCGUGGUCAGCUGGGGCCCGAAGACGGACGCGGGCGGGCCCGUCGGGUACCACCCGCUGCUGGCGGUGUCGUCGGUGACGGCGGUGUGCGGGAUGUCGGCGACGGCGCCGUAUCUGCAGGAGGUCUUCAGCGCGUGCUUCAGCUUCCCCGGCAACCUGGGCCCGCCGUCGCCGCCGCCUCCUCCCAAGGCCUCACCGUCACCACCGCCUCCGCCGCCGUCUCCGCCGACGUCCCAGAUCCGUCUGAAGACGGUCGUUUACUGGGGCCAGAACGCGUUGUCUGCAGGGUACGGCACGACCUUCGUCGAGAAAGAUCUGGAUUACUACUGCGCCAACGCCACCGGGAAGUAUGACGUCAUCAACAUUGCCUUCCUGUCGAGCUUCAACGACCCGUUUGCCGGCAAGGGGCCCAACGGCGAGCCGCUGCCGAACCUCAGCCUUGCCAAGCACUGCCGGACCACGUUUGCGUCGCUGGGCGACCCCCAGUUCCCCACCAGCCAGCUGCUGAAGUGCCCCGACAUCGGCCAGGCCAUCAAGCUCUGCCAGGCCCGCGGCACGCGCAUUCUGCUCUCAAUCGGCGCCUCCGCCGCCAACCAGGGCUUCUCCUCCAACGCAGAGGCGGCCGCUUUUGCGACCGUCCUCUGGCAGAUGUUCUUGGGCGGCACCGCGGCGGGCUGGCCGCGGCCGUUUGGGGAUGCGGUGAUCGACGGGAUCGACCUGGAUAUCGAGGGGUCCCUCGCGGCCAUCUACGGCGGAAUCAUCGGCGGCACAGUGACCCCGGUGUCAAUCGGGCGCACCCCCUUGGCGGCAGAGCCAGAGGCGGUGUCAGGCACCGGCUACACGGCGCUCACCAAUGCGCUGCGGUCCCUGUACACCAGCCUGACCCUCAACCCGGGGGCGCGGCGCUACGUCAACACCGCGGCCCCGGCCUGCCCGCUCCCAAACCUCGCGCUCGCCGACGCGCUGAGGGCGGGGUGGUUUGACUACCUGUGGCCGCAGUUCUUCAACGCCAAUUGCACAUCAGACUCGGAGCUCUUCAACUUUGGAUCCUGGGUGACAUGGGCCCAGAACAUCAGCAUCAACCAGGGCGUGGAGGUGCUGCUUGGCCUCCCGGCCGCCGAUUACGUCGCCCCCCGCGGCGGCUAUGUCAACAUCACGUCGGCCAAGGCCACCAUAGACCGGCUCGUGGCCAGGUACCCGACAAUCUUCGGCGGCGUGGCGCUGUGGGACGCCGGCGUCGCCGAGACCGAGACGGUCGUCGGCGGCCAGACCUACGGCGGCGCCGUCUCAAACUGGCCGAGCGACCAGUACGGCACCGCUGCGUGCGACCCUGCGGUGCAAGUGGCGGCGGUGCCGUCACUCCUGGCGUGGCUGCGGGGCCUGUCGACCACGAUGACAAACCCGUUCAAUUCACUCACAUCUGUCACGGACGUCAUCAUCAUCAACUGCACCACCACGCCCAGCCUGCGCACCGACGGCAUUUUCGGGCCCACCGCCCAGUGGCAGUUCAAGGUGAUUGUCCUGGCAGACCAAACCGAAAAUGCCAUCACCGCCUGCAUGCACCUCAUCGAGGCCAUCGCCAACAAUCGCGGCGUCUGCAGCCCAGAGUACUCGACCCUCGGCGUCAUGGGCGCCCUCAAGGCGCGCGCUGCGGCGAUGAGGGCCGCAGGCAUGAAGCUCGCGUCGCAGGCGGCGGCAGCGCCCGGCCGGAGGCUGCUCCAGACGGGGCCGGCGUUCUGCCAGAUGAUACAGACGCUGCUGGACACGACGUCGUCGUUGCCGGCGCCGUUCCCCUGCCCGACGUACCCCUUCAGGCUGGGAUGGACGUGCGCGGGCGCGGUGACAGAGUGUGUGUCGUGCAUUGUGCAGGCUGGCGUCAGCAGCGCGGUGACACCGACGGGCUUCCUGAACGCCUCUGUGGUCGGCCAGGCCAGGCCGCAGGCAAAGUGGGAGUGGGCCGCGGGCCGCAACGGCGUCAUGUACAAGAAGAGGGUGCGCGAGAUCAAGCGACGCCGGCGGCGCCUCGCGCAGUCCGAGGUUGCGAGCGAUGGCCCCGGCGGGCCGGGCGGCGGCCCGCCGCACGACGGCGCGCAGCCGGGUUUGCCAGCGGACGGCGCGCCGCCGCGCGCGAACAAGCGGAGGGGCCUCAAGGCCGGCGGAGUCAUGACUCCUGCGGCGGCGUGGGACGGCGCGCACGGGCGCAUCCAAGGCAGCCUGGAGUGGAGGGGCUUCCAGGGGCUCAACCUGCAAAAAGAGAAGGUCUACCCCAUCGACGCCGCGAUCGCGGCCAGCAGCGCGUACGCGCUCAACGCCGUCAACGACCGCGCCGCCUUCUACGCGCUCGACCCGGUCACCGGCAACUCCACCGGCGUCCCGGUCAAGACGACCACCCUGUCGGGCCUGUUUGGGGCGGUCGACAAGACCGGCACGGACCCGUCGAGCUUCGCAAACUGGGCGUGGCCGAGCGCGAUCUACGACAAGGUCUCGCAGCGGUUCCUGCUGGCGUGCGCCUCGAACCUGCAGUACGUCGACGACCUCGGCACCGGCAGCCGGCUGUUCUACCCGCCCAACAAGGCGGGGGCGGUCUACCUGGCUGUCAGCGACAAGGCCGACCCCGUGAACGGCAAUUGGCAGGUCUUCGGCAUCGCCCUGGACGCGUGCCCUGCCGGGCAGUACGCGCUGCCGGACAUGCUGCAGAUCACCUACGACGCGUGGGGCGUGUACCUCUCCGUCGCGACCCAGUGCAUGAGCAACUCCGCCUCGACGCCCUCCAAGGUCAGGGUCUACGCGUUCGAUAAGGACGUGGCGACAGGCGCACGGCGGAUGAGCUACGUGCCCUACUGGGACGUGGCAAGCGGCAUCGGGGGUCUGUCGGCCUCAUUGUGGUCGGUGAUGCCGGCGCGGCCGCAGGGGUACUCCGAGGCCAACAGGGACUGCGUGUUCUUCGCGGGGCAGCACGGCAGAGCUACUAUUGGUUUGUAG